AUGAGACGUUUUGGCUACUUGGAUCAAAAUCCCGAUGAUUCAGAGGCUUUGUAUCAUGAAAGUGCCAUAGUGGAAGCUAUUAAAAAUAUACAAAAAUAUGGUGCCUUAAAUCAAACCGGUAGACUAGAUGCCCAAACUUUAGAUCUGUUUACUAAACCCCGCUGUGGUGUACCCGAUAUCGAAGGCAAGCCAUAUUAUCUAAGACAACAACCGGUUAUUACUGCUAAAAGCGCAAGUUUGAUAUCGAGAAAGAAACGCUUUAUCUUUGGAGCAAAAACUUGGAGUAAGAGGAAUAUCAAAUAUUUAAUCGGUAAUUGGUCCCUCAAAAUACCACGCGAACAAGUGGAGAGAGAUAUAGCAAGAGCCUUAAAUGUCUGGUCUCAAUACAGUAACCUUAAAUUCCACCGAGUUGAGGACACAUCAGCCGAUAUAAUAGUGGGUUUUGGAGCCCACUAUCAUGGAGACAAUUAUCCCUUUGAUGGUCCGGGAAAUAUAUUGGCCCACGCCUUCUAUCCCUAUGAAAUGGGUUCUUGGGGUGGUGAUAUCCAUUUUGAUGAAGAUGAAAAUUGGAAAGAAAAUUCCACUGACUUGGCAAGAGGUGUAGAUUUUUAUACAGUAGCGUUACAUGAACUAGGCCACAGUUUGGGAUUGGCCCAUUCGCCUGUCUUUAAUUCUAUAAUGUUUCCCUACUACAAAGGACCUGAACAUAAUGUUUUGGAUUAUGAUGAUACCUUAGCCAUGUAUAAUGCCUACUUGAAUAAAAAACUGGAUGAUGAUGUGAUUAGAGAAAAUUAUGAAGAAGAUGAUGAUGACGCUGAGGAGGAUUAUGAUACUUCUGGGACGAAUACAGAAACUGAGCAAACUACAGAAAUAUCUACAACACCUUAUUUUAAGGAGUUCAAUAAAAGGAAUGAAGAGUUACCAGAAUUCACUACUGUCUCCUCUAAUCUAAACGUGGAAAAAUCUUAUCACUCUCCCAUACCUAAUGUCUGUGAGGGCCGCUUUAAUGCUGUGUGUUAUUUUAAUAAUUCUAUGCACAUUUUCAAAGGAGAAUAUGUUUGGAAAUUAUCUCCCAACUAUAGAGUGGUAAUGGGUUAUCCUAAGAAGCUACAUAAUGUGUUUAGCCAACUGCCUUUAAAUAUUAAACAUAUUGAUGCUUGCUAUGAGCGAAGUGAUAAAACUUUAGUAAUAUUUUCAGGAAAUCAUAUUUGGUUUUAUAAAGAUGACAACUUUUCCGAAAAUAGCCCCAUAUCAUUAACAGAUCUCUUGGGUAACUCUAUGGGAAGGGAGAAAGUUAAUGCUGUCUUACUGUGGCCCAAAAACAAUCGAACUUACAUCUUUGCUGAUACAUUAUUUUGGCGCUAUAACGAUGAAUUGCAAGCAAUGGAUACAGGUUAUCCAAAGACAAUGCAACGUUGGCCCGGCAUACCAGAUAAUAUUGAUGCAGCUGCUACUCUGCCCAAUGGUUAG